CCUCCUCCGCCCUACCGCGCCAUGGACACGGCUUCCUCUGCUCUAUAUAAGCCACCAUUUCCUCCCCCCUUUCCAGACACAGCCUCUCCUCACCUCCUCAGCCUCACUCGGCCCAGACCAUCCAAGAGCUCGCUCGCACACUCGGUGGUACCGACCGAUGGCGGCGCACAGCGGCCCGAACAAGCACGCGGUGGCGCCGAUGGAGGUGUCGGUGGAGGCCGGGAACGCCGGCGCUGCAGAGUGGCUGGACGACGACGGCCGCCCCUGCCGCAAGGGCACGUUCUGGACGGCCAGCGCGCACAUCAUCACCGCCGUCAUCGGCUCCGGCGUGCUCUCGCUGGCCUGGGCCAUCGCGCAGCUCGGCUGGGUCGCCGGCCCCGCCGCCAUGCUGCUCUUCGCCUUCGUCACCUACUACACCGCCACGCUGCUCGCCGAGUGCUACCGCACCGGCGACCCGGAGACCGGCAAGCGCAACUACACCUACAUGGACGCCGUGCGAUCCAACCUCGGCGGCGCCAAGGUGGUGUUCUGUGGAGUGAUACAGUACGCCAACCUCGUCGGCGUCGCCAUCGGGUACACCAUCGCCUCGUCCAUCAGCAUGAAGGCCAUCAGGAGAGCCGGGUGCUUCCACACCAAUGGCCACGGCGAUCCCUGCAACAGCUCGAGCAUCCCGUACAUGAUCCUCUUCGGCGUUGUGCAGAUCCUCUUCUCGCAGAUACCGGACUUUGAUCAGAUUUGGUGGCUCUCCAUCGUCGCCGCCGUCAUGUCCUUCACCUACUCUUCCAUCGGGCUCGCCCUCGGCAUCGCGCAGACCAUUUCUAACGGUGGGUUCAAGGGCAGCCUCACCGGAAUCAGCAUCGGCGCCGACGUCACAUCUACGCAGAAGAUCUGGCACAGCCUGCAGGCCUUCGGCGACAUAGCCUUCGCCUACUCCUUCUCCAACAUCCUCAUCGAAAUCCAAGACACGAUCAAGGCGCCGCCGCCGUCGGAGUCGAAGGUGAUGCAGAAGGCGACGCGGCUGAGCGUGGCGACGACUACCAUCUUCUACAUGCUGUGCGGGUGCAUGGGAUACGCGGCGUUCGGCGACGCCGCGCCGGACAACCUCCUCACCGGGUUCGGCUUCUACGAGCCCUUCUGGCUCCUCGACGUCGCCAACAUCGCCAUCGUCGUGCACCUCGUCGGCGCCUACCAGGUGUUCUGCCAGCCCAUCUUCGCCUUCGUCGAGCGCCGCGCCGCCGCGGCGUGGCCGGACAGCGCCUUCAUCUCCCGGGAGCUCCGCGUGGGCCCCUUCGCGCUCAGCUUGUUCCGCCUCACGUGGAGGUCGGCGUUCGUGUGCGUGACCACCGUCGUCGCCAUGCUCCUGCCCUUCUUCGGCAAUGUUGUCGGGUUCCUCGGCGCCGUCUCCUUCUGGCCGCUUACCGUCUACUUCCCUGUCGAGAUGUACAUCAAGCAGCGCCGGGUGCCGCGGGGAAGCACCAAAUGGAUCUGCCUCCAGACGCUCAGCAUCAGCUGCCUCAUUGUGUCCAUCGCCGCCGCCGCCGGUUCCAUCGCCGACGUGAUCGACGCCCUCAAGGUCUACCGGCCGUUCAGCAGUUAACUUAGUAAUACUGCCUCAAGGCUUAUAGCUAACAUGAUUACCAACAGAGGCAUACAUCAAUAGUUCUAGAGUUGCACACAGCUGGACGCCAAAUCACCGGACAGUUCAUGCAGUGGUGGAGGGAGAGAGGGCAUUGUGGUACUAAUGUCACACCGCUAUGGAAGGAUUCUAGGAGGUUCAGUGUAAUUUUGAAGGAUUCUAAUCCAAUCAGACUUUUACUCUAUGUUGCAAAAUUA